GUGGAAAGAUGCUGCGUUGAGAAUCUGAGUAAUGUGGAUUUAGCUGUAAAACGUCUCCUUCUCUCAAGAGCAUUUACAUGAUCUCUUGUUUUCCAUGCUUCUUUUGGGAAGAGCCAUGCAGAAGAGCUUUGGGGAGAAGAUGCUCAGUUCUGAGGUCCAGUGCCAGCACUUCAGGCAGUUUGUCUUCCAGGAGGAGGCUUUGGAGCCCCGGGAGGUUUGCAGCCAGCUCCACAAUCUCUGCUGCCAGUGGCUGAAGCCAGAGAGACACACCAAGGCUGAGAUGAUGGACCUCGUGAUCCUGGAGCAGUUCCUGGCCGUCCUUCCCCCAGAGAUGGGGAGCUGGGUUCGAGAGUGUGGAGCGGAGACAACCUCCCAAGCAGUGGCCUUGGCAGAGGCCUUCCUCCUGAGCCAGGCAGAGGAGGAGAAGCAGGGAGAGGAGCAGGACUUGUUUGUGGAAGAGAUGGCCGAGAAGGAGAAGUGUCCUUUUGAAUCCAGUCAAAGGCAGCGGCUGAAGUGGAUCACACAGGACAGAGAAGGAAUGUCCUCCUCAAUGAGAGGCAGAAUAGGGACUGGGUCUACAAGCACAUCUUUUCACCCUGAUGGACUCAGAACACCUUCUGGAAGACUAGAGCAGGUGACCUUUGAGGAUGUUGGUGUGGAUUUCACAGAGGAGUGGGCCCUGCUGGAUCCAGGCCAAAAGGCCCUUCAUCAGGAAGUGAUGGAGGAGAUUCUGGGGGCCCUGUCCUCUCUGAGAGAGAAACCCUUUAAAUGCCUGGAGUGUGGAAAAGGUUUCAUUGUGAAAAGAGACUUCACACGUCACCAAACAACUCACACUGGAGAGAAACCCUUUAAAUGCGUGGAGUGUGGGAAAAGUUUCGCUCGGAAGGCACACCUCUAUUUUCACCAAACAACUCACACUGGAGAGAAACUAUUUAAAUGCCUGGAGUGUGGGAAAGGCUUCAAUCAGAAGACAAACCUCUCUUAUCACCAAGCAAUUCACACAGGGGAGAAACCCUUUAAAUGCCUGGAGUGUGGAAAAGGUUUCGCUCGGAAGACAAACCUCACUUGUCACCAAGUAACUCACACAGGAGAGAAACCAUUUAAAUGCUUUGAGUGUGGAAAAGGUUUCACUCGGAAGACAAAUCUCACUGAACACCAAGCAACUCACACAGCAGAUAAACCAUUUAAAUGCCUGGAGUGUGGAAAAGGUUUCGCUCAAAAGACAAAGCUCACUCGUCACCAAGUAACUCACACAGGAGAGAAACCCUUUAAAUGCCUGGAGUGUGGAAAAGGUUUCAUUCGGAAGACACACCUCUCUUGUCACCAAGUAAUUCACACAGGAGAGAAACCGGAUCUCCCCCGGCACCGCAGGCACCGCUUCCUGCCCACCAAGAACGCCCUGGACUACGCCCAGGGAAAACUGAAGCCAUACAAGAAGCUGUUGCAGAGGAAGCUGGCAUUCAUCAUUAGUGAUGAAUCUGUGCAGGAGAAGGAAAUUGCUAAGCUGGAGAGUUGUACUGAAGAUAUUUUGGGUGACAUUUCCAGUGGAUUUGAACUUCUCCACCAGACCUUGCAUGAAAAAGAAGAAAGCUUUAAGAGGUCUGUGCAGGAAAUCAAGGAGUAA